CGCGCCGGGCUUCCGGCCAGCCGCGCUCCUGGCCAGCCGCGCUUCUUCCCAGGCGUCAGGGUUUCCUCGGCCCCGGCGCGAUGGGCAAGAAGGGCAAGGAGAAGAAGGGCCGCGGCGCGGAGAAGACGGCCGCAAAGAUGGAGAAGAAGGCGUCCAAGCGCUCGCGGAAGGAGGAGGAAGACCUGGAAGCCCUGAUAGCCCAUUUCCAGACCCUGGAUGCCAGGAAGACCCAGGUCACGGAGACGCCAUGCUCCCCACCCUCUCCACGGUUAAAUGCCUCCCUCUCCGCCCACCCUGAGAAAGAUGAGCUAAUCCUUUUCGGAGGUGAAUAUUUCAAUGGCCAAAAAACUCUUAUGUACAACGAGCUGUAUGUCUACAAUAUCAAAAAGGACACCUGGACUAAAGUUGAUAUCCCCAGUCCACCUCCAAGGCGCUGUGCUCACCAGACUGUCGUGGUCCCUCAGGGUGGUGGACAGCUGUGGGUCUUCGGUGGGGAGUUUGCUUCUCCCGAUGGAGAGCAGUUCUACCAUUACAAGGACCUCUGGGUCCUGCACUUGGCCACCAAGACAUGGGAGCAAGUCAGAUCAGUUGGGGGUCCUUCUGGUCGGAGUGGACAUCGGAUGGUGGCCUGGAAGAGACAGUUAAUCCUUUUCGGUGGCUUCCAUGAGAGCACAAGGGAUUACAUCUACUACAAUGACGUGCAUUCCUUCAACCUGGACACCUUUGUGUGGAGCAAGCUGUCUCCGUCAGGAACUGGGCCCACGCCCAGGUCAGGCUGCCAGAUGUCCGUCACUCCCCAGGGCGGCAUAGUCAUCUAUGGGGGCUACUCGAAGCAGAGAGUCAAGAAAGACGUGGACAGAGGCACCCAGCAUUCAGAUAUGUUCCUGCUGAAGCCCGAGGACGGGGGAGAAGGCAAAUGGACAUGGAACCGGAUCAGCCCUUCAGGGGUCAAGCCCACUCCAAGGUCUGGCUUUUCAGUGGCCAUGACCCCAAAUCAUCAGGUGCUGCUCUUUGGGGGCGUCUGUGACAAGGAAGAGGAAGAGAGCCUGGAGGGCGUGUUCUUCAACGACCUGUACUUCUACGAUGCCUCCAGGAACCGCUGGUUCCUGGGGCAGCUGAAGGGCCCCAAGUCAGAAAAGAGGAAGCGGAGGCGGGGCAAAGCAGAGGAGUGCCAAGGCACCAGCGAGCCGGAGCCCCUGGAGGUGGUCAGAGAGGUGGUGGCCGAGGAUGGGACCGUGGUCACCAUUAAACAAGUGAUCCCAGCCCCGGGCCCAACAGGCCGGCCCCCACCAGAGGAGGAGGAUGGUGCUGUGGAGGCUGGCCCCAGGGUUGAGCCCUGUCCACGCUCCAGUGCCAUGCUGGCUGUCAAGCACGGGCUGCUAUAUGUCUAUGGGGGUAUGUUUGAAGCCGGCAACCGCCAGGUGACCCUCAGUGACCUGUACUGCCUCGAUCUCCACAAGAUGGAAGAGUGGAAGGCCUUGGUGGAGAUGGAUCCAGAAACUCAGGAGUGGCUGGAAGAGACGGACUCAGAGGAGGAUAGCAGCUCGGCUGAGGGUGCUGACGGGGGAGAUGAGGACCAGGAUGAGGACGGCGGGGAGGAGGAGGAAGGUGAGGCUCACUAGGCUCUGCCUUCGCCCCGUGCUCUUGAGGCCAGCCUCAGGCAGAAGAGCACCCACGUUGGUUCCAGCAGCUUGCUGAGGGCAAUACUGCUGCGGCCUCUCUGCAGCUGCACCAUGACCGCUGUCCUCUGUGCCGCCUGCCCAGGCUUCUGGAUGGAGCAGUGGCGUGGACCGUCCACCCAGGACUGAGCACCACCGGCUGAAACACCGGGGACAUGUGGGGCCUGAUGCUUGGGGGAAGAAGGUGGGGAGGCCAGCUGGGGUGGCUGGGGUAGCUGAGUCCUGGAGCUGACCAGCACGGUUUAAAUACACUGAGCGUGAACGAGGCCUGCAGUCAUGUUCUUCAGCCCGGAGCGGACCAACAGUCUGGCCAGGCCUCCGCCUUGCUCGGGCUCUGUUGCCAGGGCAAGGCUCGAGGUGAGGCCACAGAGACGGGGUGAGGCAUGAGUUUGAGGGACCCCACAAGCCUGUUUCUGUUCUGAUAAACCUGCACGAGGUGUGUUUGAGGGAUUUUCCUUCUGCAUAAGGGGAAGACCAUGUUCUGAUGACCCCACGUCAUUAUACCAGACUCUGGUGUCUGGUGGUCGGUGCCACGGCCGUGGUGCUCACUCACACGGUCUCAGUUACCUUCAGCGUAGAGCUUCUGUUGCCAGGCCAGUCCACUCUGCUGCUUGGCCUUCCUCCGUGGGUCUCAGGAAAGCUCCAGUGCUAGCAUGCCCCCCACUCCGUGACGGCCUUCUCAGGAGGAGGUGGUGGAGCCACCCCCGUGCCUUUCCUCCCGCUGCCUUUCUGGGCCGAGGUGGUUUGCGAAAUGGCAGCAAGGAAAGGAAGCCAAGUGCAAGGGCUCUGGGCCCCUGCAACCUGCCUGCCCAGCGCCACUGGCCCAGGAGCAGGUGGGGCUUCGUGGCCUGGAAGCCCGUGUGCUGGCCUGGUGGCCAGGCCUGCUCUAAGGCUGAAGACCAGGUUUCUUUGUGUGCUAUUGAGUUGGGGUCAGACUUUGAAUCCACACUGGUGCUUUUGGCCCUUUUAUCCUAAACAUCUUCGCAGUGACGUGCAGGCCUGGUGGCUUCUGUAGUGCUCAUAACUGCUGUCACCCGUUUCGUCACUGUGGAGUUGACUAGAGGUAGAAGUGGCUGGCGUGGCGGGCUCAGGCACAAGAGUUCUGAUGGGGAAGCGGGGAGCCCAGCUCAGCUGGAAACAGCCUCCUUUUCCAUCAUCUUCUCGGUGCCGGGUCUGCUCCAAAAAGAUCGGGGUAGUCUCAGGGCAGGACACCCCACACCGGUGAGGAGGAGCUCGGCCACCACAUCUGCAGCAGGCCACACUCCUGCAGGUCAGUGGGUUGCAAGUGCAGCUCCUUGUUCUCUUCCCAGGGCAGCUGUGCUGGCCAUGUGUCAUGCUGUUAAGAUGAGCUUGGGGGUUGGUUGGGCUGAAUUGAAUAAAAUGGAAGGGA